AUGUUGGCGCAAAUCAUGUUGCCCGACACCAGGAUCGGUUUGUCAGGCGAGUCCAUAGCUCAGAACACGCACUUUGGAUGGAUCCUCUCUGGAAGUGCUAAAGGAGUGAGGAUAUCAACCCAGUUGCGCUGUCAUCGAGUGCUUUCGGACAUCGAGGCAUUGCUGAAGCGUUUCUGUGUGGUCGAGUCGGUUCCAGACCGCCCUACAGCAACAGACUGGGACCUGAAGACUCUUGUGCGUCGAUCGGAUGGCCUUGGAACGGUGGAGCAAAUAUGUGGAGGAGAUCGAGGAAUACGAGGCAGUGAAAGCAGUUCGGUAAGGAAUACUUCCACGAAUAGGCAAGUAGCAUCCUGUGUGCUGCCGAAUCACGCUGUAUUUAAGAAGGAUCCUCAAUCGAUCAAACAGCGAAUCGUCUUCGAUCGACCGACCCUGCAGAACGACAUGUUGGCAGUCAUACUCAAUUGCAGGAAAUAUAGUUUUGUUUUUACGGCGGAUAUACAGAAAAUGUAUCGCUGUAUCAAUGUGCACCCGGAAGACGCCCACUAUCAUCGGAUUUUAUGGCGGACGGCGGAUGGAUCCAUCAAUAUCCAUACUUUGUCAACGCUAGCAUUCGGAACGGCUUCUGCACCCUUCACGCCCAUUAGGGUCAUUCAACAGUUAGCGAUGGAUGAGCGACGUUCAUUUCCCAAGGCGUAA